ACCACUGCAUGCUUCGAAUCAGUUGUUUUGAACUCGAUGUGUCACACGAUUAUUUAGGUUUAGAGCAGAAGUUGUCGUCUAUUGCGAUGGGUCCAGUUAUGUGACAAAUUAAAAGCCAAGCCAUGAAGCCCGUGAUCGACCUCGAAGAGUGCCUGAGAGACUCGCCCAAGUUCAGGGCGGACUUGGAGGAGCAGGAAAAAAUCGUCGAGAAUUUAGAGCAGAGGUUGGAUAAGGUGCUGAAAACAUGCAGUGCUAUGGUGGAUUCGGGAAAAACUUAUGUCGGAAACCAAAGCCAAUUUGCAAUAAGUCUGCGGGAGCUGUGCAUCCACUUUGGCCAGGACACGGAGAUGGUGACCCCAGUGACCAAAAUCAUCCACUCUCUGCAAGAGAUGAACAAGUUCCACACCAUCCUUCUCGAUCAGGCAUCACGGACCAUUCUCAAAAGUCUGAACGACCUGAUAAAAAAGGACAUCAAGGCCAUCAAAGACUCCAAGCACCACUUCGAGAAGAUCUCAAGCGAAUACGACGCAUGUGUGGUGCGAAAUUCUCAGACUUCCAAGAAUAAGUUGCAAGAGGCCGAGGACUGUUUCAACAUGCUCAGCGCCAUCCGUUCGGGCUUCCAGUACGAAACACUCAACUACAUUCAAGGCAUCAGUGUUCUCAAUAGCAGGAAAAAGCAUGAAAUCCUUGGAACGUUGCUCUCGUACAUGCAGGCUUGCAGCACCUAUUACCAUCAAGGGUCAGACUUGUGUGAGGACCUGGAGCCCUUUUUCAAAAAAUUAGGAGAUGAUGUGGGGAAAAUGCGAACCGACUCAAACAAACUGGAAAAGGAAAUGGAGAACAUGCACUCACUGGUCAGCAGCAAGGAGAAAAUUCCCGAAAGUGGCAUGAGUGGUUAUCUGUUCAAGCGAACGUCGAACGCCUUUAAAACUUGGAACCGGCGCUGGUUUUGGCUCCAUGACAAUCAACUUGUCUACAGAAAAAGAACUGGUGAGGAUACUUAUACUGUGAUGGAGGAGGAUUUGAGGCUUUGCUCGGUGCGGUAUGUUCAUGACAACGAGCGACGAUUCUGUUUCGAGGUGCUCUCUCCCAAUAAGACUCAUAUUCUACAAGCCGACAGUGAGGAAAUGUUGCAAGCGUGGGUGACCGCCCUACAGCAAGGCAUCGGCGCCGCCUUCCAGAGAACCAUGGAGGGCGACCUGAAGCCGUUGAGCAGAAACUCUAAUAACUCUUCGCCCUCACCAAAAAGCAGGUCUAGGUCUCCGAGUAAAACAGUCCAAAAGGAAGAGCAAAAGAAACCAAGGUAUUUCAGAAAAAGGCUGAAAAAAAUUAGGAUCAUUAUCUUUUUAUGUUGCAGAAUUAGAGAAAUAAUUCUUAAAAUUGAUGGAAACUCUGCCUGCUGUGACUGCGGAAGUCCAAAUCCUCAGUGGGCCAGCAUCAAUCUCGGAGUGACUCUAUGCAUUGACUGCUCCGGAGUUCAUCGUAGUCUCGGCGUGCACUACAGUAAAGUUCGAUCCAUCACCUUGGACGAUUGGGAGCCUGAAAUAAUAAAAGUGAUGGCUGAGUUGGGCAACACCAUUGUAAACAAAGUUUACGAGGCCAAAGUCACUCCCGAGCACACCCGUGCUACCCCCAACUGUCUAGGUGGAAUUCGUGAGGCCUGGAUUAAGGCAAAAUACGUGGACAAGAUGUUUGUAAAACAAUUGGACACCCAGGCCAGGUCAAGAUACGGAAAUCCCGCUGUCAGAAAGUGGAGUGUCCGGAAAUUGAGACGUCGACCCCGAAGUCAGGACGGCCAUCGCAAAGUGGCCAGAAGCAAACCUGUGAAGCUCCGACCAACCACGGAGGAACCUUCGAGCUCUUCUCCUGUCGAACCGAUUGAGAAAGCAGAUUUUGAGCCCUCAGAGAAAGCAGAGGUGCUUCUGUUUGGCCAAAAUCUGGUCGACAGACAGAACUUGGCUCUGGAAGAACCGAUCGACCUGAGCAGUGGCGAAGACUCGACUGCCGGUGACGAAGACGAAACCGCCGAGGAGGAGGACAUUUCCACUCUUCACCCUGACAGGCUCCUCUACAGGGCCGCGCAGGCCCACAAUCUUCCUGUCAUGUGUGAGGCCCUGGCUCUCGGCGCAGACAAGCAGUGGAUCAACGUAGAGGACAAUGCUCGCUCUGCCAUUCACCAGGCCGUUCUCAGUGGGUCUGUCAUGGCGUGCGAGUAUUUGAUAAUGAAUGGUGCCAAAAUCAAUGUGCAGGAUCAGGACGGAAAGACGCCUUUGCAUCUUGCAGUUGAACAAGGUCAUACUGCUCAGGUGCUGCUGAUGUUGAAACACAGCGCUGACCAGAACAUCAAGGACGCGCAGGGUCAGGAGCCGGUGACAAUUGCUGUCCAGAAAGCCAACGCUGACAUCGUCACGCUGUUGCGACUGGCAUCUUUGAAUAAGGAGAUUCGAGAGUCGGAGAGUGGCUCGCACGGUGACGCCACCUUCAAUGACGUGGUGCGUGACUUCUCCCUGAUGGCCUACAACCACCCCGAGCGGCUGCAUCGCAACGCCAACGGAGACCUGCUCUCGCAGUCCGAAGAGCCGGACGCAAGCUAAGUGCCCUACUACUCGUUCGUCUAUUCUAAAUCAUGCCAAAAUUUGUAGUGUCGACAUGAAUAUAUUUUGAUAGCAUUUACCGCAGAAAGUGACGCCGUGAAGAGUUUGUAAACCUCACGUUUUUAGAUCUGAGAACUUUAUUCUGUGAUUCGACGCAAACUUUUUUUUAUUCCGGUUUUAUUUUGCUUUUUUAACCAAACACAUUCCGUUGUAUGUUAUUGCAAUUAUUACACAAUAUAUAUUAAUAAUAUUUAUCCGAGUGCGUUAA